GCCGCCUCCCUUUCUAGACUUUCCGCCUUUUCCCCGCCCCCCUCUCUUUCCCCCCUCUCCCCCUUUCCUCCCUCCCCAUUUGGCCCGGGCCAGUCAGCCAAGCAACUCAUAGCGGGUCCGGCCUGCACACACCCAGCUGCCAUACACCAUGCGGCUCGCUCGCCUUCUCGGCCUGCUGCUCAUGGGCGUCUUCGUGGUGGUGCUGUUCACGCAGAUGAUUGUCCUCGUGAAUACCCCCCCUCCGGGCACAGAUGCACCGGUUAAGACCAACCCCCCGGCCGGCGGCACGCACGAGCCGGCCAACGAUGCCCAUGUUCCCGAUGGCCAGCGCGCCACGGUCGACGGCAAGCCCGGCAUCUACCUCAGCAAUCCGUCCUACUACAAGGCUGGCAGCAACUCCAAUGGCUUCCAGGCGUCGCGGGCCUUCAUCCCGGACGACCUGGUUACCGCGGCCUCCGGCGACUGGGCCUGGGCGGCCAAUGUGCCGAUUGUCUACACCUGGGUCAAUGGAAGCGACCCCGAGUACCAGGAGAUCCGCGCCAAGUAUGGCGGCACUCGUUCGGUGGGCGGUUCUCGUGACCGCGAUAGCGGAGAGCUCCGCCAUUCCUUCCGCUCGCUUGAGAUCUUCGCCCCCUGGUGGAAGGGCCAGAUCUUCCUUGUCUCCCCCUUUGCCCAGUCUCCUCCCUGGCUCGACCCGCAGCACCCCCGCGUGACCAUCAUCGACCAGCACUCGAUCAUGCGCGACGACGGUGAGCAGCCCACCUUCAACACCAACGCCAUCGAGCAGUUCUUCUACCGGAUCCCCAACAUCGGCCCGGUGUUUGUCCACGUGAAUGACGACUACUUCUUCGGGUCGCCUCUCUAUCCGUGGGACCUGUUCCUGAAGGAUGGCGGGUCGAAGCUCUUCUUCGAGCGGUCCCCCAUCCGCGGCACCAUCGAGAACCAGCGCUCGUACAAGAAGUCCCGCACCAAGCUCUGGGUGGCCUCCGUGUACCACACCAAGUGGCUGAUGGACGAGUACUACAAGAAGUCGGUCCCCCUGCACUUCGUCAAGCACUCGCCCUUCGUCUAUCAGACGGCCGUGCUCAAGCACCUCCGCGAGAACAUGCUUCCCGAGCAGUACAUCCAGUCUUCCAAGCACCGGUUCCGCCACUGGGAUGAUGUUCUCACGCCGUUUGCCCAUCAUGCGGUCAUGAUGGAGGAGGCCAGUCUCUUCAACACCACGGCCCAGGUGAUGACCUUCGAGGAGCUGGUCCCGCAGAUGGCUUUCCUGGUUCUCCGUGACACCACCAAGCCCAAUGACCCGACCCUGUUGGACAUCCUGAACCGUCGCCCGCGCAUGUUCGCCAUCAAUGACAGCUUCAACACCGCGGCCGCCGGGCAGAUCCUGCACGACGUCAUCAGCGAGAUGUUCCCCUGGGUGUCGAGCUUCGAGAUUGACAAGCGCAGCCUCUUCCGCCCGGUGCGGUAUGGCAUCCCGCUUCCGGUCCCGACCCCUGAGGCUCCGUCGGCCUCCGAAACUGCCCCGGCUCCCGAGACGGUCAGCCAGAGCGCCAGCCUCCUGGCGGCCUAAGGUGUGGGCGUGCCGGCAUCCCGGUUUAUCCCCCCUCCCUCCCUCUCCCUCUCUCUCUCUCUC